CCAUUCAAUAAAGUGUGGGGUGCAUCAGCGUACAAAGGAGCUGAUGGACCAAUGCGUUAUUCGUCAAACCCGAUUCAUUACAUUCGCAAUAAUGAAGCGUGGAUUAUGCAGUUCACUGCGAAUUACCGAGAUUUUCAAUUUGUACAGGGAUUGAUACUGACUGGUUGGUCGCGUUACGAUCAUAUGGCGGUGUUGUGUGAGCUGUUUCCAGUCGCAGUGCCAGCACUGUCGAUGAGUUUAGAGAGUGUGAUCGAUGGCCGCGUUCACAACGCGGAGUAUCAUUACCCGAAUACUUCCAAAUUGUUCAAGUGCAACCUUCCAACAGACCGCGGUUUUGUCGUUGGCUGUCAAUUCCCUGGUGCUCAGGUAUACGAGCUGAUAAAUGAAUUCGCGAAUCAACACGAAUUAGUGCAGCGUUAUAUAGAGACAGAUUUCGAUUUCAAUGGAUGGCUUUCAGAGUUAUCCAUUCGUUAUUUAUAUUCGUCGCCGAUGUAUAUCAAUAAAAUACUGCAGUUCGUGGAAUAUUAUCUCAACCCACUGCAACAACUCAAGCAGCAACUCAGAAAGUUGACCAUCUUAGCAGCACUGAUAUUCGCAUCGGGUUUUAUAUAG